UAAUAACUGUACAUAGAUAGUCAGGGUGUCAAAGAUUCUCAAAAGCCAAAAUUCUCGAACAUGGCAGAAAUAAGCUUAGAACGAGCUCAAGAAUCCAUUGUGAAUCGACAACAGGAAUUGAAAGCUUUCGAUGAAACAAAAUCAGGAGUGAAAGGGCUGGUAGAUUCGGGCUUGUCAAAGAUUCCAGCGAUUUUCAUCGACGAACAGUACAAGCUUGAGAGAAACAACGUCCAUAACCAGAAACCUGGAAGCCCCACCAACAAUGACGGAAUCCCAAUCAUAAACUUGACCGGCGUCGACGAUGAUCCAAAUUUACGUCGCGAAAUAGUGAAGAAAGUUGGAGAAGCUUGCGAGAAAUGGGGUUUCUUUCAAGUUAUCAACCAUGGGAUUCCGUUGGCGACUACGGAUGAAAUGAUAAAUGGGGUUCGCAGGUUUCAUGAACAGGAUGACAAAGCUAAGAAAGAGAUUUAUUCUCGAGAUUAUUCCAAGAAAGUGUACUAUAACAGUAACAUCGAUCUUUACAAGGCGGAAGCAACCAAUUGGAGGGAUACUUUAUCUUGUGUUAUGGCACCUCGCCACCCUCUUCCUCAAGAACUGCCUGCGGUUUGCAGAGAUAUAAUGAUAGAAUAUUCAAGCAAAAUGAUGCAAUUAGGGCAGACUUUGUUAGAAUUGAUGUCGGAAGCCUUGGGUCUGAAUUGGAGUUAUUUGGAAGAUAUUGGGUGCGGUGAGGGAUUGUUUGUGAAAGGCCAUUACUAUCCACCGUGCCCUGAACCGGACUUGACAUUGGGCACCAGCAGUCACACCGAUAACAGCUUCUGCACCGUAGUUUUACAAGAUGAAAUCGGCGGACUUCAAAUCCUCCAUCAAAAUCAAUGGCUUGAUAUUAAUCCUGUCCGUGGAGCUCUUGUUGUAAAUUUGGGCGAUAUGAUGCAGUUAAUAACUAAUGACAAAUUUGUAAGUAUUGAGCAUAGAGUGCUUGCUAAUAAAAAAGAUCCAAGAAUUUCAGUAGCAAGUUUCUUUAGAACACAACUUCCACCAGAGAAUACCUCGAGGCUUUAUGGACCAAUCAAGGAGUUGACAUCUCAAGAAAACCCUCCACUUUAUAAGGAGACUACCAUGAAAGACUUUGUGUCAAACUACUACUCGAAAGGAAUUCAUUGCAAAUCUCUCCAAUACCUUAGGUUAUGAGUUGUUGGUGAACUUAAUCCAACUACUUUCAAGUGCCAAAUUGUUUUGGAACUAUUUGAGUCCAAAAUUUUACUUCUGAAAUGAAUUACGUGUUUGUAGAUUAUUGUGUUGUUUGUAAACUUAAUCAAAUUACUUUUAAGUUUAUUUCCAUCUUUCAAGUGUCAAAUCAUUUUGGAACUAUUCGAGUCUAAAACUUUAUUUCAAUAAGACAAUGAAAUAAUUUAUGUAUUUAUAGAUUA